AUCGCUGCUACUAUGAAGGGACAGUGAGAGGAUUCUCUGGAUCCCAAGUUGCUGCAAGUGUAUGUUCAGGACUCAGUGCUUUAAUUAUUCUCAUGAAUCAAAGUUACAUUAUCGAGCAUCUUGAGGAAGAUGGAUAUGGGUACCACCUGGUAUAUAAACCUGAGUAUCUCAAAUCAAGGAAUAUUAGGUGCCAAGGCAGGAAUAUAAUCCCUGAAUAUACUCAGCACCCACAUCAGGAUGCAAAGCCAUCAGGGCCUGGGGACUUAAUUGCUUUUAGCCCCCUGAAAAGGUCUCUCGGUUCAGAAAUGAAGUAUGUAGAAUUGGUGCUUGUGGCAGACAGUGUUGAGUAUCAGAGUGCAUUUAACAGCAAACGAAAAGUGAUCAGCCGACUGGUGAAUGCUGUGAAUUACGUGGAUUUGUUUUACAGAUCACUAUAUAUUCGAAUUGCCCUGAUUGGUGUUGAGGUGUGGACAACUGACCAAAUAGUAGUAGAUCACAAUGCUUUGGGAACAAUGAAACGAUUUCUUAACUGGAGGAAAACAAAUCUUCUACCAAGGCUACACAAUGAUAAUGCUCAACUCAUAAUGGGCAGGAGCUUUAAUAAUAUUACUGAACAGCUUGUUGAGUUUGGAUCCAUGUGUUCCCCAGAUUACUCAGGAGGCAUUGUUUUGGAUACUACUGCUGAAAGCUUGGGAAUUGCUUCCAAUUUGGCUCAUGGAAUUGGACACAAUCUUGGAAUGGAUCAUGACUUUGCAGCUCCAAAAUGUGUCUGCGCAGACAAAAAAGCUGGUUGCAUUAUGGCUGAGGCACGAGGACUUCAACCAGCCCAGGUCUUCAGCAGCUGCAGUAGAGAUGCCUUACAACGCAGUCUAGCUCGUGGUAUUGGGAUGUGCCUUUAUAACCUGCCUGAUCCAAGUUUGUUAGUCCGUGGACAGAAAUGUGGAAAUUCUUAUGUGGAUCCAGAUGAAGAGUGUGACUGUGGAAAACCUGAGGAUUGCAUGGAUCCCUGCUGUGUUGCUUCAAUUUGUAAAUUUCGGUCUGGUGCAAAAUGUGCUUCAAAUGAUAUCUGUUGCAGAAAUUGCAAGUUUAUCAAGCCAAAUAGAAUGUGCAGGAAACCCAUUGGAGAGUGUGAUUUUGCAGAAUACUGCACAGGUUCAUCUUCAAAAUGUCCAGCCAACACAUUCAAGAAAAACUUCUACCCAUGUGCAAAUGCAACUUCGUAUUGUUACAAUGGUGCAUGCCAGACUGUACAUACACAGUGCCAGGAUAUAUGGGGACCAAACUGUGUAUUAACAAGAUCCCACGAUCAUAAGUCACAACACAAAGCAAAAGCUAAAGAGAAAGAUGAAGGAGUUGAGGUUCAGUUAGUGGACACCCUGUUUGCCGUAAUGGUGCAAGAAAAACCUGAACAGGCAGAAGCUGCUGUGCCCAGUCCCAUUUUGUGUUACUGGUAUAUGAACAUAGUAGGAAAUGAAUUUGGAAACUGUGGCCGGAAAGAAGAUGGCUCCUUUCUGAGUUGCUCUAUAAAAGCAUUGCAACGUGCUGAGAACAGACAAGUGGCCCUGCAAGCAAGACCCUAUGUUGAAAUGACCGGCUAUGGGAAGGUUGGGCUCGUGCUUGCACAAAGACCGGAGGUGUUCUACAAAGCAGUCACCCAGUCUGUGUUUUGUUUCUUCAAUAUAGAAUUGGCUUUGGUGGAUGCAGCGAAUACAAUAUAUAAGAUUGGAGGAGAUUCAGGUGAAAUGCUCCUUCACCUGGAAAGAUUGUUAAGCCCUUGGAUGGAGAACAGAGAAGAGGUGAAGGAGCAGGUGUUGCAUAUUCUGCGGUUACAUGGGAAGUUACAUGUUGAAAUAAUGUUCUGA